AUGUCCCUCCCCUCCCCCAUCCCCUUGCCCAUCCCGAACCUGCCCGCUUCUUCCAUCCACAUCAUCUACGAUUUCAUUACGCCGCGUGAGGAGGAGUAUCUGAUCCAGGUAGGUCUCUUACUCCCACUUGGACGAGCGAAUGAAUGACGUGUCUGUCAUUCCUCCCUCUCCGCUCUCUCCUCCGUACGAUCGAAGCUCACCUUUCCCCCGCACUUGGAGAAACAGAGGAUCGACGAUUUAGGUGGUGACACCACUUCACCCGACCAAGCCCAAUCUCCUCAAACCGAGGAUGCACCAAUUCAAGGCCAAGUUGAGCCUGAGCCUCGGCCUGCUCGACCAGGGAAAGCUUCAACGAGGUGGGGUUGGACCGAGUUGAAUGGGCGUAGGUCAGUGCUGUACCAUGUGAAAGGAUGAAGAGGUGAUUUUUGCGCUGAUGGGAUGGGGUUUGAUGGUGGGAUUAGGUCCAUGUAUUGGGGUGAGUGGUGUCGUACUGAUGCGGAGGGGGGGGGGGGGGGGAUGCUUUGCAGCGAGUUGGGGGGUGGAUGUCGAGUGUUGAGCGGCCUCUUUAGUGGCUAGUCACAUCGUCGUCAAUGCCAUCGUCUUCCCAACCCUCUCCACGGUCAAUUUUCCCACCCCACCCAUCCCACUAAUAAUCCGGCCCCUCUCUUUCCGCAUUCCACUAGGCGGCUCCUUGACCAAAAAAAGCACCCUACUACCACUCCCCAUGCCCGAUAUCAUGACCUCAAAGUACCCACACGUGUUACGUCGGAUGCAAGAAGCGACGACAAAACUGGGCUGGGUCGAGGGGUUGAAUCAUGUAUGAUUUUUUCUUCUUUUGCCUGGUGAUUUGGAAGAGGUCAUGUGGGGGUUGGGGGGGGGUGCGAGAUCGCUGAUGCCUCGGUUCGUUACUUUAUGCAUUAAUGAAUUGCAGUGUCUGGUCAACGAGUAGGCUUUUGACUUUCCCCUCCCCUCCUUAUGAUGAAAAUCGACAACCUGGCCCAACUCACAAUCCGGAAUCAAUUUUGAUCCCCAGAUAUCUCCCAGGUCAAGGUAUCCUCGCGCAUACGGACGGACCCGCCUACGCACCGAUCGUCACGACCUUAUCCCUAGGGAGUCAUACCAUCCUUCAAUUCACACCUCGAAGCGACCGGGCCACACCUUCCGACGAAAAAUCCGACUCUACAGCACCUCUGAACUCCUUCGAACCUGGUUCCAACUCGAACGAACAAAGCGAACCGUUCUCCCUCUUCCUACCCCCCCGUUCCUUAAUCCUCGUCCAGGACAACCUAUACGAAGAUUGGCUUCAUUCGAUCGAGUCGAAGAAAGAAGAUACGAUGGAUGAUUUGAUGAGGUGUAGUAAUUGGGGAAUGUGGUGGGAAAGAGGAGCGGAUACGUUUUCGACUGGUUCAGAAGAAGAAGAAGAAGAGGAGCGGCGGCGGGAAAUGAAGCAAGGGGACGUUUUGUCGGAGCGGGGAAUUGAAGAAUUGAUUAGGAGAAGGAAAUUCGUGGAGAGUGGGAAUGGAUGGGAUAGGGGGAGGAGGGUCAGUUUGACUUGUCGAAUCGUCGAGAGGGUCGUCAAGGGUUUCAAAAUUGGGUAG